GGCCAAAUCCUCUAAAAUAGGCAGUAAAACCAGAAUUUUCUGCUCAUGCUAUUUUGACAUUAAUAAAUGUACUUUUUGUUUUUCAGGGUAUUUUUGCGCACACAAAAAACCACUAGCUUAUAGUAGAGAAUAUGUUUUUCAUCCUCUAAUAGGAAAUUGAUGACAAAAGAGUGUCAAUGAUAUGACAAUAACAUAAUUUCGUUUCAUAAUAGACGAUAAUGCCUGCUGCCCUCAUUCAGGUUUUGUUGGUUGGUUUCCGUUGAUUUAAUUCGUUGUUGUUGCAUCAUACAACCGUCACAAAACAACCGCAGAGGAAAAUGUUCCAUUCAAUGAGCCAAUCACAGGUCACAUUUCUUUGAAGGGAAAUGUGUGCACAGGUCAUAAAUUUACUGUUUCAUUGCCUCUCACCUCCUGGUUGUCGUCAACACCUGCGCUUUUUGCUUGCUGUCAUCUUGGGUAAUUUUUUUGUUAGAUUACGUUUUAUCUGCUGUGCUAUGAAAUCAUUCCCUAUUUUUGACUUGUUUUUCUGCAUUUGUAUUCCAGGAGUUUUUUCCUGCAACCGUGAUGGGAUUUGUGGAUCAGUGUUGGAGGAGAUCAAAUAAGAUUAGGAAAAGGACAACAAAGCCUGAUUAACCUGAACAUCAUUCCAACCCAAGCAACACAAAAUGUCACAUUGGGUGACAUCUACAGAAAAAAAAAAAAAAUGUUCCACCUCACUGGCCAAUCACAGCGUCUGCUUCCUUUAAUGGAAACAUCUACAUGGGUGUGAUGUCAGUGAGACCUGUGUCUCUGUCUUCACAUCUCAGACCUCGUCACUCAUGGAGGGCCGUCACGUUGUUCUGCUCCUGGUCUCAGCAGUGGUUUCCUUGAGUCCUGACUGUGUUUGUGGAUCAGAGUUGAAGGUGACGGUCAGACCAGGAGACAACAUCACUCUCUACUGUGACUGCAAAACAUCAACUGGAGUUUACAUUGUUUGGAAAAGGAACUGUUCUCAUGAGAACCAGCCUUCACUUUUUCUGAGAACAAGAUUUAGGUCAGUCUUAAACUCUGGAAACAAUCAAUUAUCUGAGAGUCCUGGGAAUCCUUUCCCCCAUUAUCACAUGGUGAGAAACCAGUCCUCUGAAUCCUACGACCUGCUGAUCAUGAACAUCACUGGGUCCGAAGAGGGCCUCUACUACUGUGGAACUGAAGAGACGAAGGUAGAAGAUACAGAUAGAAUCACUCAUAGACCAGUUUACACCUAUGGAAAUGUCACAAGGAUCAUAUUAAACUCCACUGUCCAAUUCUCGGACCAUCUCAAACCCUGUGACAGCUGUUGUGUGUGCUGGAAACUGCUGAUCUCUGUGUUUGCAGCCUCUGCAGUUCUCUCCUCCUUCCUCUCAUUUCUGCUAGCGUAUUGCCUGUGUCUGAAAAAAGCUAAACAUCGAGUUAAUGAGAAACUCCCAGACACCAGACGCCAAACGGGAGGAAACCUGCAGGAUGAAGAUGUAUGCUAUGCUGCUCUGGAAAUCCGUAACGCACCACGAAGAACAAAGAGGAUGAAAACACAGAGUUCUGACUUCAGCACAUAUUCUGCAAUCAAUACCUCAAGGAUGUGAUGAGCUUUUAAGGCUAACAAUUAAGGGUCCCAGUAGCUUUGUGCAGGAUGCCAGUAGCUUCUGUUGGGCGACAAGACCCUCCUCCUCUUCUCAAUGUACUCAAUUUUGGCAUAAAAAUGUCCUCCUCCACUUUUUUUACACCCAUAGGUUGAACUUUUAUUCUUCCACUUUGCUUUUAUAUUUUUAUAUAUGCAUCGUCUCUGACAAUUUUGUAAUUUUGUAACAUUGUAUGUGUGUGCUUUGCACUGAAGUUAUUCUUUCAUGACAUCCUACCGUGCUUAAACAAGUUCUGAAAUAUUUUUGUGUCGUAAUAUAUGAGUCGCUGUUUUUGUUUACAUCUUAAUCAGAUGUUUGUAAUGUAUCGUGUGACCAUGACAUCACAUGACACCCUAUUUAAGCACCAGUCUCAUCUUUAUCAAUUAUGUCCUGACGAAGACUCAGUAGAGUCGAAACGCAUUGACAAUCCCUGUAAAGGAUUUUUAUAUGCUAUCAGAGUGCGUCUGACUUUCAGUUUAAGGCUGCCUUUCCACACUUCACUUUUUCUCUUCUAAUCAGGACAGUCAAACUUUUUUAUUGACUAUUCGUCCCUAUUUAUUUUUUUAUUAACUAUUCGUAUUAUUAACUAUUGUCCCUGUUCCUGAAGAGCAUCUGAUUUUUUCUAUAUUUAUUUUGUUUUUUGACCCAGUGCAGCACUCACUUCUGCGUUUCUUCCCAAUAGAAUAGUAGUAUUGUAUUGUACUAAAGAGAAAAAGCAGAUGGCCUUUUCUGCAGGUAAUCUCAUUGAUUUAAAUUGUCCAUAUUUGUAUUGUAUGUUGUAUUAAAUUG